AUGGCUGGUUCGCACACACGAAAGUCUUCAGAAGGCGCUAUGCCCUCACGUGCCAGCACUUGGAGCGAAAAGCACACGGAGCGAUAUGGUUCAAGACGCACAGCACCGAGGCGGCAAGCUUCUGUCCCAGCGAAGCGCAGCGUGUCCGAGUACAGCAAGGAAACUUCAGUAAACACCAGCAAACCAGAUAUGCACCGCCAUGCCUCAUCAUCGGCCAAGAAAACAUCGACCACGGCGCCGCCGCUACCACGACCUGCGCCUCAUCGGGCCAACACGAGCUUUCAAAGCCGCUACGUCGAGAUGCUAUUGGGCCUCGACACGAUCCCCAGGAUGCACAACAUUUACGCCUCCUUCUUCCUCUGGAUCCAGCUCGCCGGCUACGUCGUGUUUCCGGGCACGUUCACCAGUCUCCAGGACCUGUCCGAGGACCCCGAGGUGCAGGCCAAUGCCGCGGCGAGCGCCAUUGUCGACCACGUCAAGAACGUGCCGCUGCUCAUUGUCGCGGCCGUCUGCUGCUUCCUCGGCAGCGCCGGCAUGGUCUGGCUCAUGAUCAAGUGGCGCCGCAACUACAUCUGGCUGCUCAACCGCCUCCUCCUGCCCGGUGCCACCAAUGCGCUUGCUGGCUUGAUUAGUACCAUUGUCCCCGUGUACACGCAGCAGAAUGGCAAAUGGAGUGCCACGGCUGCCGCGAGCGCCUUCGUGGAAGGUUGCUCCUUGAUUAUUUGCAGCGUGCUGUUCUUGUUCAUCAGCCAGGUGUUGCUUGCGAGGGUAAAGAGGAAGCACGCCAAGGAAGCCGAAAGAGCCAUGGCUGCCGAGGGCGACGAGAGCUUGCUCCAAAGAACGGAAAGAAAGUUGAAAAGACCACCUCUGGAACCAGGAAGUGUUGUUUAG